AUGACAGAUAUUCAUUCAUAGAGGAAAAGUAUACAAUAAGUAUGAUUUCAUUCCAAAAUAAUAGUAAGCAUAUAUUGAUGAUCUCUUUACUAAUGACAAUGAACUUGAAGAAGAUAAAAAUUUAAUUAAAUAAUAUAACACUGCUAAGAGAGAAAGAAAAACUAUUGAAGCACAUAAACAAUUACUUGAUAAUAGAGUAGCAUUAUUGAAACAAGAAGAAAUCAGAACCUUAAAAAAGAUUGAAGAAACUCGAAAAAAGGCUUUAGAAAUUUAUUAUCUUAAAAAAAAAAACGAAGAAAAACUGAAAAAAGUAAAUCUAUCAUAAUAAAUAUAAUAGAAAGAGGAAGAAAAAGAAUAAUUAUAGAAGAAAUAAGAACAAUAAUAAUAAAUUCGAAAAUAGCAAGAAAGGGAACAUAAAUUAUUAAUUGAUAAACAUAGAAAUGAUAAAGUAUAAAAGGCUUUUAUAAUCAAAUAAUAAACCAAAAAUUUAGAAAAUAGGAAAUUGAGUUCUCAAAAAUAAUCUCUAUCAUUUCUUAAAUAAAAAAAUUAAAUAAUGAGAGAAUCAAGAGAAUUAAAUAGAGUCAAAGAAAGAAUUAUAAUUGAAAAAAGGGAAGCUAUUCGAGAAUAAUUAGGAAAGAAAUUAGAAUAUGAACAAAAGUUAAAAGACGGAAAAUAAAAAGGUAAUUACUAUCAAUAAUCAAUUUUAGAGAUCGAACAAAUUGAAACAUACGAAAUGGAUUUAUUGUAAAAGUUAUAAAACACAUAAUAAAUGUAAAAAACUGCAUUUGAAGAAUUAGAAUCAGCUUUAACAAUGACUGCUAAAGAAUUUGCAGAAAAAUAUCUACAGCCUAAAUAAAAAGAGUAAUUUACAUAUAGAUAUAUUUAGAGAUUAAAAUAAAGAACUUUCAAAUUCUAAUUUUGAAGAAGACCGAGUUUAAAUAAAUUAGGAUAGACCUCAUAUAGAUGAUUCUGAUAAGGAUGAAUCUUCAAAAAUAUCUAUUUAAUAAAUUAAUGAAAUAAAUGAUCCAAUUCAAAAAGACGACAUUUAUAAAGAUUAAAUUGAGGAUUAAAAUAAUAACCAAAAUUUUAUAAAAGAAGAUGAAAUUAAUUAAGAUGGUUAAAAUAAAUAAUAAUCUUUUCCUGAAGAUGAAAGAAAUUAAGACUAACAGAACAACUAAAAUGAAAUCCCAAAUGUAUUAGAAUCACCAAAAAAUUAAAUUAAAUAAGUUAAUCAAUAAAUUGAAGAAGAUUAAUGA